CUUCAGAUGUAUACACUGAUGAUGAUGAAUAUAUACCAACCUUGACAUUUCGUCAGCAUCUUUUGAACAAUCUAGAAUCAGACGAUGAGGAUGAAGUGCCAAAAUUGCCACCACCGCCCACUAAUUUUGAGCCCCUUGUUCAUCCUUCAUUGCACCAGAC